GGAAGAGGCCGUAAGCUACAAAGUGUUAGCCAACCCAGGCAGAGAAAUGACACCUUAUUGUGUCAUUCUAAUCGGCAAUGUAAGCCCGCAGGUUUAGAGAAGUACCGAAUCCGGCUAUACAAACGGUUUAUGCUUUUUUUGGCCGCAGUAGCCAACUAGAGGGAAGAUAACGGUAAUGUUUUCGACAGCCAGCGCUAACAAAGCUAGCUGAUUGGCUUAGGUAGUAAGCUAACAUUAGCCAACAAUCGUCAAGGAGCGAACCUUGCAUGAACGUGUUGCACAAGACAGAUGCCAACACCCCUGGGUUAUUUUGCCUAGUAAGACCAGCAGCAUCAAAUGAAAGGUGGUGGAAGUGGAACUUGACCCAUCCAACUGAGUCACCAUUUUCCUGCUCAUAAUGGGUUUGAUGGCUUCACUGUAUGCAUGACUUGUUUCGUGUGGCCUGAUGGGAGGACAUUGUGGAUAGUACUUUCAUCAGGAUACCAGGAGAGCCAUCCCAUGCCGCCUCUUUGGAGGACCUGUCAGAAUGAAGAAGAUAAGCCUUAAGACCAUCCGCAAGUCCCUCAGCAUAAAGGGCAAAGAGGAGGGUGACUUUGUCAUGCUCCAGCAACCCUCGGUGACUACAGAGUUUUCUAAGGAAGAGUCACUUUUCGGGGGCUGCUACACCAAAGAGCUCUCUGGCUGUGACCUUGGUGGAGAAGAGGACAAAGGGGGCCAGAAUAAGGGCCGCUCGAAGAGUGAGGGCCUGAUGGGAUCAUUAAAAAGAAGGCUGUCUGCCAAGCAGAAGGCAAAAGUGAAAGGUGGCUCUUCUGCCAUAGGCUCAGUGGAUGAUGACGACACCUUCUCCUCCUCUUCUGUGCCCGUCAGCUUCAACGAGGUGAAAGCCCAGAGACCCCUUAGAUCUGCAUCCUUACGAAGUCACCAUUAUAGCCCCUCACCGUGGCCUCUGCGAUCAGUCAACUCCGACGAUUCGUGUAUUAAGAUGGAGGUAAAAGUUAAAGCCAUGGUUCACUCACCUAGUCCCAGUCCCAGCUUAAAUGGUGUCCGGAAGGAAUUUCAUGAUUUCCAGAUGGAUGGGCUCUUUCAGGACCAAGCGGAAUCCUUAAAGAAUCUCCAGCAGCCACAAAAUGGUGAGCUGCAUCUAAAUAUUGAUGAAAAUGAUGUGCCUGUGGUGCUGGGGUUGACGCCCCAGGACUACAUCCAGUACACAAUGCCUUUAGAUGAGGGAAUGUACCCGGAAGGGUCCCACUCUUUCUGCCUGGACAGCUCCUCUCCUAUGGAGGUGGUGACUGAAGCAGACAACAGGUCCCUCCACACAGACCAGGGACAAGAGGAACAUGAACUGGUUAGUGGGAUGCCUCCGGAUCUCUUCAUGGAAACCUCAGUUAAUAGUCUUCUCAUCGGUUCUGCUGGUGUGAUGCUCCAAAGCUCUAGAGUAGAGGUCCCGCCUCCCCUCUCUCCACUCCUGCCACCCAUGACAAGUAAUGGACAUAUCCCCAGGACUUUUUCGGGGUUCAGCUCUUCAGACAGUCAGGUAGCCGAGAGGGUAAGACACCACCUCAACUUCGACCCAAAUUCAGCUCCUGGGGUUAGUCGAGUAUACGACUCAGUCCAGAGCAGCGGACCAAUGGUAGUGACCAGCCUGACAGAGGAGCUGAAGAAGCUGGCGAGGCAGGGCUGGUACUGGGGCCCCAUCACACGCUGGGAGGCAGAGGAAAAGCUGGUCAACUUGGCUGAUGGCUCAUUCCUGGUCCGAGACAGCUCAGACGACAGGUACCUGCUCAGCCUGAGUUUCAGGUCACAGGGCAAAACCCUCCACACCCGCAUCGAACACUCCAAUGGACGCUUCAGCUUCUACGAGCAGCCCGAUGUGGAGGGACACACGUCCAUUGUUGACUUAAUCGAACACUCUAUCAAAGACUCAGAGAAUGGAGCUUUUUGCUAUUCCAGGUCUCGCUUACCAGGGUCUGCAACCUACCCUGUCAGACUAACCAACCCAGUAUCUCGGUUUAUGCAAGUGCGCUCCCUGCAGUACCUUUGUCGCUUUGUCAUUAGACAAUACACAAGAAUAGACCUGAUCCAGAAACUGCCCUUACCUAACAAGAUGAAAGAUUAUCUGCAGGAGAAGCACUACUGAGGACACACAGACAGGACAGUGGUAGCAAUUUGCACUUUUGUGUUCAGUUAAGAGAUUUAAACAAGGUUUACAGACAACCACAGUUUUGAGAUGAUUGGUUCUGGUGGCUCUUGAUUUGUGUCCAGGUGACUCCCGUCACUGUUCAGUCCUCCAUUCCACUGUUCUGGGGUUUUUUUCCGCUGGUUUUUAGGAGGCUCUACUUCCAGUAAAACAUGGGGCCAGCACAUAAUCUAUCGCAAAAAUAUAGCAGAGGUUUACAGCCAACUUAUCUUAGUUGCAUACAUUAAGUGCAGACAUUAGGCAUGCAUUGUGACGUUGAGUGCAACAUCCAACUGUGCAAGUAGAGCAGAUUUUCAUAAAUUUGCCGUCUGCGUUGAAGUUGGGCCAGUAAAGAAAAAUAACAAUUCUACUCUCAAUUUGAAAAUUCAUUGAGUUUUUAUCCACUAAAUUGUACAUUUCAGAGAUGAUUUCAAGGAUAGAAUAGUAUUGCUGCAAUUAGAUUUUUCUGAUCAAAAUUUAAGCUCUCUGCAGACUGACCAGUUUGGAUCAUCUUUUGCAUCUUUCUACUUCUCAGCUUCUGUGACGUUACCGUCUUUGUCAGCACGACCAGCCUGCAAAUUAGAACACCAUUCUGUGUUGAUAAAAUGCAGUUACUCAAAUUGCAAGGCAUUAUUGUGUAACAAGUGAUAGUUUCUGACCUUUUAACAACCUGAAGAAAACUGCUUUCAUCACGUAACCAGAUAAGAUUUGCUAAGUUACAAACUACGUUUCCAGUGGAUGCAGUUUCUUCAAAACGUAUUAUCCAGCUCUGUCAGAGCAUGUUACACCUAACAUAUUACAAAUACAUUUGUGCCUCGGUAUGGUUAGACUGGCGUGUGCUUUAUUUUUGAGUUUAUCGUGCUUGUUAUUUUCAGCUGCUCUGGUCUACAAACAGGAAUGUUAAUAGACAUGUAUGCCUGUUGGUCAGACAAAAGUUCUAACACUAAAACACAGAAUCAUGUUAGUAAAAAAAAAAUGUAUAAAAUCCCCUUCAGACUCACACUGGUUUACAGAGUUCACUACAUUAGCAUUUUGUUGCAAAAGAUAUUCAAAGUUUGCCAGUCUGUCAGAGGCUUGAAAGAGUUGGUCAGAGAAGUAGCUUUAAAUUGAAUGGCUGCAUGUAGCCAUUAUAUAAUGUGCAAGCCUAAAGGUACUGACGAUGCUGGAUUUUCAUACCGUGCUGUUUGUAGAAACAGCAUCAAGUUGAUGUAUAGACCUUUUCAAAAUAUGUUAAAAGUUAAAUCUUUCUGCAUUAGGAAUGUUACAAAAAUGCACCGCAGCUCAGGCCUAACAACUUUGUCACUGUCUGUAAUGCUUGUAUCUGCAUGUAGUAAAGGCUUUAAGACUGUCAGCUAAGGGCACUGUAGAGUUACUCCUAAUGAGUGAAGAUGUCACAGUAAAAAGGGUGUGAGGUUUUGUUGUUGUUUAAUCACAACUCCGACAAAGGCUGUUUAAUGCACAAUUGCAUUUCCUUAGGCAGUUUAUAUGUAAAGAAAAUUGCCCUCAAUUGCCCCUACAAACUGAAAACAGAUCUCUAGUCACUUGACCUGAAUCUGUGUGUAGGGGUGGCUGUUUUAGUCUCUUAAUGCCAGCAAUGAGCUGGACCCAGAUCAAAGGAAUCCCAAAAAAAUGGUGUGAGCUUAGGUAAAUGGAUUUGGGAAAGCCAGGGUUAAGUCCUCCUCGCCAUCUUGGAGGGAUGCCAGGGUUUCACCAAAUGACAAAAGUUCCAUCUCAGCUGCAUGGCAUCAUUAGUGUCAUAUGGGUUUCAAGGACAUAAAAAGAAAGCAUACAGGUUUUUUUUUUUUUUGCCAUUGCUUAUUCACAUCGUCCCCAGUCCCCACAGAGCUGCACUACCCCACAGAUUGUCUCGCUACUGGGCUGUUUGUGCCAGAGUAAAGGGAAGAGCACACAGUAUGCUACGCAAGUGCUUUAUAUGGAUACUUUGACAGGGAAUUGUUUUUUCACAUUAUGAAUGAGCAUCUUUUUUUGACAUCAGUGUCCUUAAAAGUAUUUGGAAAAUGGUCCCUCGGACAACUUUGGUAGGUUGUUAGCGCAUAGUUCUAGUUUUAGUUAGCUAGAAAUGUUGGUGUCUGAGGAAGUUACCAUGAAUCUAGCACAGCAGAAAUUAGAUAGGAACUUCGAAUGGUGUUGCAUGUUUAAAGACUUAGCAUUUUAAAGCCUUGAGUUGUAUAGGAAUGAAGGAUCUAGGAUGUGUGUUUUGGCUGUGUAAAAGGAUGUUUUUUCUGUCACAAACAUUGGCUGGGCAUUCUGUGUUCAAGAAAUAUGUUUUUCUUUUUAGAAUCCUUUAGGGAGGUUUUUUUUUUGUGACAUUUGCCAUCUGGGGGAUGGGGCUGUACAAAAAGAAUGUACGCUUGUUUGAGGUAUCCAUUUUAUCUGCCUGCAAACCAGUUUCAGAAAGCAUGAGAAUCAUAAAACUACAUUGACACAUUUUUGCACUUGAAAAUUCCCCAUGACAUGCUUGGAUCCUCUCUUGCCUAGAGUUGUCCUUCAGAUGGCAUUAAAAAAAAAAAAAAAAAAAAAAAA